ACUUUCCAUUCUUCAUACGCCUUCUCUAUUUCUUCUUCUUCACCUUCUUAAUUCUCUAUUUCUGUAGCUCUUAUUUAUUUAAUUUUUUGUUUAAUUAUGUCUGACAAACAAGCUCACUUGAAUGGAGCCUAUUACGGCCCAUCAAUUCCGCCUACCAAACAGUACCACCGCCCGGGCCGCGGCUCUGGUUGCGGCUGCGGCUGCUGCCUCUUGAGCCUCUUGUUCAAACUCAUUAUUACCGUCGUCUUCAUCGUCGGCCUUGCAGCCUUGAUCAUCUGGCUCAUCUUUCGCCCCAUUAACCCCAUAAAGUUCCACGUCACUGACGUCUCUCUAACCGAGUUCAACCUCACCUCAAACAACAACCUCCAAUACAAACUUGCAGUGAACAUCACCAUUCGGAACCCGAAUAAAAAGAUCGGUGUAUACUACGAUCGUAUCGAGGCCAGGGCUUAUUACGAAGGGCAGAGGUUGGAUUCGAAUGAGUUGACUCCAUUCUAUCAAGGCCACAAGAAUACCAGUGUUAUAAGUACAGUUUUUGAAGGUCAGCAGCUGUUGCUCGGUGAAGAUCUUCAAGACUUUAACAAAGAGAAGCCGACGGGGAUUUACAGCAUUGAUGUAAAGCUUUACUUGAAGAUUAGAUUCAAGUUGAGCAAGUUCGUCAAGACUCCCAAGUUUAAGCCCAAAAUCAAGUGUGAUUUGAAGGUUCCUAUGAGUAAUUCUAAUGAUACGGCUCCUGCUGGUUAUAAAGCUACAAAAUGCGACUUGGAUUUCUGAUGAUCGGAGUGCCGAUGUUGUUGUUGAUGAUGUUUGAUUGAGUCUUCAGUAUUAUUUCUUUUUUCUGGGUUUAUUAUUCAUUUGUUAUUUAGCGUAUAGAUCAUGGUCGAUAUUCACUUUAUUUUUGUUCUACUCGUUCUAUUUAGAUGAUGUUAAAUUUGUUACGUUUCCUCCUGUGAAUAAAUAAUAGAUUUAUAUUAUAUUUAUAUUA